UAAAUUGCUGUGACCGUAGGAAGAAAGUUCAUUGAGAAGAUUAAAAACAGCAGCUUCCAAUCUGCAACUGCCAAGACAGCUCCUGGUCGGUGAUAAUAUCAAAAGUUCAAAAUGCAGCUGCUUCAAAGCGUUCUUAUCAUUUGUGCUUUUGUUGCUGAAGUGCAAUCUCUUACCUGCCUCUCUUGCAAUGUACAAAACCGUACAUGUAAGACCAUACAAACUUCUUGCCCCCCUGGGAUCAACAGCUGCAUCACAACGUCGAUCUCAAUGAAUACAGGUGGAAUUAAGCAAUUCGUGUUUUUUAAAGACUGUGGAGUAUGUGUACAAAACACCUCAUUGCAAUUUGGUCUCAUAAAUAUCGAGCAGAAAUGCAAAAGCUGCAGUUCCAAUCUGUGUAACGAUCAUCCUUUUGAAGAGGGACCUUCCAUCCUGAAUGGCCUCGAGUGCCAUACCAAUUCACCUGAAGACUCCAAUGCCAUGAACAUUGUGAAAUGUACCGGAAUUCAGGAUCGCUGCAUCACUGCUUCUGGCAAUUUUGGGGGAAUUAAAAUGGAACUGAGAGGUUGCGCAUCCAGUAUAGCUUGUCAAGCCAUUGACCAAUCACAGAUGGGGAUGCAGCUGAGUUAUACCGGAAAGUGCUGCGAGACCAAGCUGUGCAAUAAGGCUGUACUUUUUACAGGCUCCGGGAUUUCUCUCUCCAUCCUGGCGGCUGUUGCCAUGGUGACGUGGUUGUGAAUGGGGGGGGGGACCAGACGCUAACACAUCCCUCAAUGGGGCAACAAGUUGUCACGUCCCCGGCUUUCUGCAAGAUUCAGCCGCCGGCCCGACCGAAGUAAAUAAACGAAAUUAAAACAAACCAAGCCCGCGAUUUGAUGCCGCUCCGCGCUUUCCCUCACCUCCUGUUGUGUGUUUUCAUCCCAUCGGGACGGCUCCUGUCACUCGGAAUUGUGUCACCCUCAGAAUGAAAAUGUAUCACCGUGCUCUGUAAUUAAUAAAUAAACCAUUACAGGUUCA